UCCUGCCCGGCCCGGCGCCCCUCCUGCCGCCCCCCGCCCGGCCUCGCACUCCGCUUCCGGCCGCUCUAGCUGCGGCCGCACCCGCGCCCGCGCCCACCCGCGCCUGCCCCGCGCCGCAUGGAGGGCGCAGGGCCCCGGGGGGCCGGGCCGGCGCGGCGCCGGGGAUCCCGGGGUCCGCCGCCGCCGCUCUGGCUACUCCUGCUACUCUGGCUGCUGCCCGGCCCCGCGGCGCCCCAGGAGCUGAACCCGCGCGGCCGAAACGUGUGCCGUGCGCCCGGCUCCCAAGCGCCCACGUGCUGCGCUGGCUGGAAACAGCAGGGGGACGAGUGUGGGAUCGCGGUGUGCGAAGGCAACUCUACGUGCUCAGAGAACGAGGUGUGCGUGCGGCCCGGCGAGUGCCGCUGCCGCCACGGCUACUUCGGUGCCAACUGCGACACUAAGUGCCCGCGCCAGUUCUGGGGCCCCGACUGCAAGGAGCGGUGUAUCUGCCACCCGCACGGGCAGUGUGAGGACGUGACGGGCCAGUGUACUUGCCACGCGCAGCGCUGGGGCGAACGCUGCGAGCAUGCGUGCCAGUGCCAGCAUGGCACGUGCCACCCACGGAGCGGCGCUUGCCGCUGUGAGCCGGGCUGGUGGGGCGCACAGUGCGCUAGAGCAUGCUACUGCAGCGCCACGUCGCGCUGCGACCCGCAAACGGGCGCCUGCCAGUGCCACGCUGGCUGGUGGGGCCGCAGUUGCAACAAUCAGUGCGCCUGCAACUCGUCGCCCUGCGAGCAGCAGAGCGGCCGCUGCCAGUGCCGCGAGCGCACAUUUGGCGCGCGCUGCGAGCGUUACUGCCAGUGCUUCCGCGGCCGCUGCCACCCCGUGGACGGCACGUGCGCCUGCGAGCCCGGCUACCGCGGCAAGUACUGUCGCGAGCCUUGUCCUGCGGGCUUCUAUGGCCUGGGCUGUCGCCGCCGGUGCGGCCAGUGCAAAGGCCAGCAGCCGUGCACUGUAGCCGAGGGCCGCUGCCUGACGUGCGAACCCGGCUGGAACGGAACCAAAUGUGACCAGCCAUGUGCCGCCGGCUUUUAUGGCGAGGGCUGCGGUCACCGCUGCCCGCCCUGCCGCGACGGGCACGCCUGCAACCACGUCACCGGAAAGUGUACUCGCUGCAACGCUGGCUGGAUUGGCGACCGGUGCGAGACCAAGUGCAGCAAUGGCACUUACGGGGAGGACUGCGCCUUCGUGUGCGCCGACUGCGCCAGCGGCCACUGUGACUUCCAGUCGGGACGCUGCCUUUGCAGCCCUGGUGUCCACGGACCCCACUGUAACAUGACGUGUCCGAUGGGGCACCACGGCGUGGACUGCGCUCAGACCUGCAGCUGCCACGAGGACUCCUGCGACCCGGUUACCGGUGCCUGCCACCUGGAGACCAACCAGCGCAAGGGCGUGAUGGGCGCGGGCGCGCUGCUCGCCCUGCUCCUCUCGCUGCUCGGCUGCUGCUGCGCCUGCCGUGGCAAGGACCCGAUCCGCCGGGAGCUCUCGCUGGGAAGGAAGAAGGCUCCGCAUCGCCUGUGUGGGCGCUUCAGCCGCAUCAGCAUGAAGCUGCCCCGGAUCCCGCUGCGCAGGCAGAAGUUACCCAAAGUCGUAGUGGCCCAUCACGACCUGGACAACACACUCAACUGCAGCUUCCUGGAACCACCCUCAGGGUUGGAUCAGCCCUCACCAUCUUGGUCCUCCCGAGCCUCUUUCUCCUCCUUUGACACCACAGAUGAAGGCCCUGUGUACUGUGUUCCCCAUGAGGAGGCGGCAGCCGAGACCCGGGACCCAGAGGCUCCCUCUGCUCCUGCAGAGGCGCCGGUGCCUUCCCCGGCGCUCUUAACCACCCUGGCGUCGGCAGAGGAGGCACCUCCGCUCUCUGCGUCCUCUGACAGCGAGCGGUCGGCGUCCAGCGUGGAGGGACCCGGCGGGGCGUUGUACGCACGCGUGGCACGGCGGGAGGCCCGGCCGGCCCGGGCCAGGGGCGAGGCCGGGGGUUUGUCGCUGUCGCCAUCGCCUGAACGCAGGAAGCCGCCGCCACCGGACCCCGCUACCAAGCCCAAGGUGUCUUGGAUCCAUGGCAAGCACGGCGCCGCUGCCGCGACCCAAGCGCCCUCACCAUCGCCCCCGGGCCCGGAGCCUGCACCCAGCCCCAGCAAGAGGAAACGGACACCCAGUGACACGUCGGCGCGGCCGGAGGAGCCCAGUAGCCCCCGGCCCCGCGACACGACACUGAGGCCCCCGGGGCUGGCCGAGGAGGUCCUGGCUCCCGUCGCGCCCUCACCGCCCCGGGCCCGAGCGCGAGGCCGCGGUCCUGGCCUCUCGGAGCCCACGGACGCCUGUGGUCCUCCGCGCAGCGCGCCCGAGGCCGCCUCCAUGCUGGCGGCGGAGCUGCGCGACAAGACUCGCAGCCUGGGCCGCGCCGAGGCGGCCUCGGGCGCGCAAGGUCCGCGGGAGAAGCCGGCGCCACCGCAGAAGGCCAAGCGCUCGGUGCCGCCAGCCUCGCCCGCCCGCGUGUCCCCGGCACCCGAGGUCACGGGGCUCGAGAAGGCAGCGACCAGCACGCCGGCGCCCGAGACCCCUCGAAAGAAGACCCCUAUCCAGAAGCCGCCGCGAAAGAAGAGCCGGGAAGCGGCGGGCGAGCCCCCGAGGGUAGGCGCGCCCACCCUGUAGGGGCUCGGCCCUGCCACACCUGCAGCUUCCCAUGGCUUAGCAGCGUUGCUUGCCACCCCGCGUUCUGCGACCCCGGCGUCUCCCGCGCAGUCUGGGCACGGGAGACCUCCCCUUGGCCGAGGCCCCUAGCGGCACGCAGGAGGUUGUGCCUGAUUGGCGUAAGCCCCAGCAGCUGCUCCUCGGUGGGAGCAUCCUUUUGAUCAAGGCCUGCCUGGCGCUUAGCUGGAGGCUCUCCUCAUUGGCCAAGUUUUGGAGCUCUCUGACCACCCACGUUUCAUUGGUCACGAUCAGAUGAGUUCUGCCUAGAGACCACCACUUACUGUACAGUAUUUGGCCCGGGCUACCUUUUCAUUGGUUGAGACCAAAAGCACUUCUACCAAAAGCUACCCCUCACUGCCCAGAGCCUGGCGCCUCCUGGCUGAAGGGUUCCUUCCUUGAUAGUAGCCCAAGGCUACCUCCACUGGCCGGACUCCAGGGCAUCUAUCUGGGGAGGAGGGCUGGUCUCUGCUUCUCAGGGGGCUCAGUGCUCCUAGCCUGUCCCACUCCUUCCCCUCCCUUGCACCCCAAGUUCCAGCCUCCUAGCCUCACCCUCAGCUGUCAAGCUGGUAUUGAUAGCCUCCCACUACCCUACUCACUGUGGAAAUCCCAGGGACAACUGAGGUGACCUGAGAAGAUGUAUUUAUAUGCCCCUGGCAGGGCUGCUUACACCCCAUCCAGGGGCCCCAGGAUGGGCUCCUCUUGGCAGGGCCUUGGCCAAAGCUUCUUAAUAAAGUGCCUUUCUUUUCCCCUC